AUGGCAAAGACAAAAAAAGACAAAAAGAAGCCAGGCCCUGCGGCAGCUGACCAGGUGCUCUUGGCCGAAGAAAUUCUAAAUUCCAGUUUAUCGGAAGUCGCCAGAACGGUGGACGGCAGCGGGUAUGCCUAUGUACGUCUCAACUGCACCGGGAAAAAUGUUACAAAGAUUCCAGAAGAGAUUGCAACUUUUGUCCAUCUUCGCUACAUUGACAUAUCCGACAACCAUCUCGACGAUAUCCUCCCACUUACGAAGCUACCCCACGUUCUCUUUCUCAACGCCGCCCGUAACAGCAUAACCGAUAUCUCUUGCUUGACCGAUGAGACGUGUCUCCCGUCCUGCGCUGUGUUGAAUUUGUCGAAUAACUCUAUUUCUAAGUUGUGCUCGAUUGGGUUGCCCCACCUAGCCAAACUGACCCUUGACGGGAACCCCUUUGUCUCCUUCGAGGGUGUUGACAGACUCCCUGACUCUCUCAUGCACUUGAGCGUGAGGGACUCUCAUCUGAGUACUCUUUCGCAUUUGCCGUCGCUGCCUGGUCUAGCCUAUCUUUCUCUUGCGAACUGCCCGAUCGACUCCCUCACGGACGUCAGCAUGCUGGCUGCACUAAAAAUUCUCGACAUCAGCGGAGUACGCCUUAGCGAUUUCAGUUCUCUCAAGGAACUUCUGCUGCUGCCAUCUCUUCAAGAGCUCACCGUUUCCUCCAUUGAUCCGGAAAUGCCCGAUGAGGAUUUCAGACGAGAGAUCUUGGUGAUACUCCGCAGACUGCACAAGCUGAAUGGAGUGGACGUUACUCCUGAAGAAAAGAAACGGGCCAAAGCACUCAAGCUCCAACGAAAGAGAGAGCAAGAGAAGGCGGAAGAACAAAAACGGAGACAGGAAGAGGAGAAAGCGCGCCACGAGAAACAACCCGACGAUGAAGACGGCAUUGCUGACGCAGAGGCUCUUCCCGAUGACCAGGAGGAAGGUGCUUGA